UUCGCGAAAGUUCCCGAGUGCUGCUAAACGGCGUUUUCCGGAAGGAGUGUGAGCGGUGUGUGUGUACACGUCCUGUGAGCUCUCGUCCUCUCGCUGCGGUUCCUGUCUCACCUGUGCCUGCUGCUCGUCGCCAUGUCCAUGCUGUGCUACAACCGGGGCUGCGGCCAGCGCUACGACGCCGAGACCAACACGGACGGUUCCUGCACCCAUCACCCGGGGGUCCCCGUCUUUCAUGACGCUCUGAAGGGCUGGUCGUGCUGCAAGAGGCGGACGACGGAUUUCUCCGAUUUCCUCAGUAUUGCGGGCUGCACUAAGGGUUUACACAGCAACGAGAAGCCCCCCGAACCCGUGAAGCCGGAGGUGAAGACCACGUCGGAGAAGAAAGAGCUGGCCGACCUGAAGCCAAAGUUUAAUGAAUUCAUCAUCCAAGCACCAAAGCCUAUAGAAUGCAUAAAGAGACCCAGUGCGGACGAGCCUUUAACUCGGUUACAGCUGAAGGUGUCGGCGUCUUUAAAGCAAGCACUGGAUAAGCUGAAAGUCUCUGCAGAAACGGAACAGACGGUAGCAGAUGAGGACACAGGAGAAACCAAAAUCGGAACCUCCUGUAAAAAUGGCGGUUGCACAAAGACGUUUACAGGACCCCAGAGUAAUGAAGAGGUUUGUCAGUAUCACUCCGGGGUGCCCAUCUUCCAUGAGGGGAUGAAAUAUUGGAGCUGCUGUAAGAGGAAAACCUCAGAUUUCAAUACAUUUUUGUCCCAGGAGGGGUGCUUUAAGGGGACGCAUUUAUGGAUUAAGAAAGACGACGGUAAGAAGGUGGUUCCCUGCCGACACGACUGGCACCAGACUGGUAGUGGAGUCACCAUCUCAAUCUAUGCAAAGAACUCCAUCCCAGAACAGAGCUACGUGGAGGCCAAUAGCACAGUGGUUAAUAUUCAGAUCAUAUUUGAUGGCGAGAAGGAAUUUCAGCAGAACCUACAGUUGUGGGGGGUCAUCGACGUACAAAAAAGUUACGUGAACCUAACUGCAACCAAGGUGGAGAUUUUCAUGAGAAAGGCUGAGCCUAUGACCUGGGCCCGGCUAGAUCUACCUCGACCCGUCCCUCCAAAGCUGCCACAGGAGAACAGCCCGGAGGCCCAAGAAUGACCGUGCAGGAAGUCCUGCCUCUUAGUACUCAUUUCAAGCAAAGACUUGUGUUCCACUUGGGGCUCAUGCACCCGACACAGUCCAUAUGUUGGCUGCAUCUCCUGGGCCGACCGCGGCCCCUCUGACCCAACCGGACUGCAUCACAGUAAUUUAUGACACAGUCCGGGGCUAUUGUACUGUGCUCACCUCAUCGUGUCGGUGCACAGCAAUAGCACCUUGCCAUAAAUUACUCUGAUACCGUCAGUUCUGGUCAAGGGAAACCGCAGCCGGUCCGGGAGAGGUGGCGGCACACGGACUGUGUUUACAGAGCCGAUCAUGGUCAUGUGCAUGAGUCCUACCGUAGUUAUAGCAUUUCGUUUUUUUUUAAUUAUCCAAGUCGGUCUGACAUUCCAUUCACUUGUACAUGACAAUAGCCCAUGACCAAAAAGAAGACACGUAAGGGGUAGAUUCCGGUUCAAAGGUGGCGUAGAUCAGCCUCUCAUAGCUGCUGAUCAGGUUUUGCAGCUUGGUAGAUUGCUAUGGAUAAGUGCUCGUCUUUUCAUUUGCACCGGUUUUAUUUAUGGGUUUUUUUCUGAGAUAUUUAUACUGAUGACCUACCCUCUGGCUAAGGUCAUCAGUAGGGAUGAGCGAAUCGACAUCCGAAGUCGAUUCGCAUAAAACUUUGUUCUAAUGCUGUAUGGAGCAGGAGCUCCGUACCGAAUGUAUUGGUGCCACUUGGAACCGAAUCCAAGUUCAGGAAAUGUAGUUUUUUUUUUUUUUUUUACAGUACAAAUUAAUUUAUGAAGUUAUUGCGCGAAGUCUUGUGAGACUUUGCGAAGCAAUAACUUCGGCUCAUCGGAGCCAAUACAUUCUAAUACUGUACGAAGCUCCUGCUCCGUACAGUAUUAGAACAAAGUUUUAAUGCGAAACGACUUCGGAUGUUUCAUUGACGCUACCUUUGUCCAUGGGCUGUGCCCAGUAUUGCACCCCAGCCCAAUUCACUCAUGGCGCUGAAGUGCAGUAAUAGCCCAUGGACAAAGGAGGCGCUGUCUCUGGCGAGUGGCAUGAGACCUAUGUCUAAUUGUGGAUGACCUCUUUAACCUGUUUGAGGUGGACAUCCAGUUUCUGUCACGUUUUAUCUGUUCCGGUUUCCGUGUACUGUAACUUCUCGCCCUCCUGACCUUUUUUUUUUUAUAUGCAAAAUUGAUAAUUCCUGCCUCCAAUCUUUUGAGGCUGUCCAGCCUUGGACAAUGUGUAAAAAUGUAUUUUCAGCCGUCACUGGUUGUAAUUUUUUAUAUAUAUUAUGCUGUAUAUUGCCUUUUCAUCCAUAAGAUGGCAUCAGAACCACCUACUACCGUAACCCUUUUACCAGAUAUUUAAAUGAAAUCUUCCCUUUUCCAAGUAAAUGCACUGGUAAUCCAUGAAUCGUGUAGCACUGGGCCCUCCGAAUUCUGCCUGACACGUCAUUGUAGCCAGUAUCGGGUUAAAGGGGAUCUGGUUUCUCUCCUGACAUUAAUGGGUGUUCCCUAUAAACUAACAAAUCUGCAUCUUUUCUUACACCUGUGCAUUGCACCAUUCCUCUGUUAUUCCUAGUGGAAAUAUAUGGGCGCUACCAUUCGUCUUGUCAGUAUGGUGGGUCCCUGCACAUCACAGCAUUGUGUACGGUGUCAGCGUGUAGUCAUGAUAGCAAUGGUCACACCCAGUUGUCAAUUUAUAUACCGGUAAUUUUUGCAGGAGGAAUAGCAGAGGGACAGCAAACUGUAGUUAUAAGAAAAAAUUUCCCAGAGUUAGGCCUAUUGCACACGACCGUAUGGCUUUUUCAGUGUUUUGCAAUCCGUUUUUCACAGAUCCGUUCUGUUUUUCUGUAUGGCGUAUACAGUAAUUACAUAGAUAAAAUUGG